AUGAUGCAGAACCUUUCCAGCAUUCCCAAAGUUCUCGGGUGCCUCUUUGCAAAAAACGUGACUAAUCUUAAUCUUGGUAAAUGUACACUUGGUUCUGUACCUAACACUUAUCAGUGGCCAGAAAAGGUCCAAUACUCAAAUUUAUCCAACACAAAAGUAUACAGUUUAACCCACAGUGUUUCCCAGACACGAGUCAUAGUAGCCAUUAGCAGAUCUUUUAUUUUGCCACAAUUUAAAGAACUUGACCUUCUCAGGUAUGUGCUGAAGACACCACCAGAUAUUUCCUUCUGGAAUAAUACUUUCUCUUCAGAGCAUCCUGAUUCUUUUCACACACUGGAGGCCCUGGACGCCAGCGGUAACCAUUUCCUUUGCUCCUGUGAAUUCCUGUCGUUCACUCAGGAGCAGCGAGCACUGGUCCAGAUCCUGAUCGACUGGCCAGAGAACUACUGGUGUGACUCUCCGUUCUCCGUGCGCGGCCGGCAGGUUCGGGACGCGCAUCUCCCGGCCUCUGAAUGCCACCGGGCAGCUCUGGUGUCUGCCGUGGGCUCUGUGCUCCUCCUGCUGCUUCUGCUCACGGGGGUCCUGUGCCACCGCUGCCACGGGCUGUGGUACCUGAAGAUGAUGUGGGCCUGGCUCCAGGCCAAAAGGAAGCCCAGGAAAGCGCCCCCCAGGGACCUCUGCUACGAUGCCUUUGUGUCUUACAGUGAGCACGAUGCCUACUGGGUGGAGAACGUGAUGGUCCAGGAGCUGGAGCACUUCGACCCUCCCUUCAGGCUGUGUCUUCAUAAGCGGGACUUCAUCCCUGGCAAAUGGAUCAUUGACAAUAUCAUCGACUCCAUCGAGAAGAGCCACAAGACCAUCUUCGUGCUGUCUGAAAAUUUCGUGAAGAGCGAGUGGUGCAAGUAUGAGCUGGACUUCUCCCAUUUUCGCCUCUUUGAUGAGAACAACGAUGCUGACAUUCUUAUUCUUCUGGAGCCCGUGGGGGAAAAGGCCAUCCCCCAACAGGAAGUGUUCUGCGGCAAUGAAAAAGGCCAAUCUAAGACCGUUUUUGGAAUUACUUUCAGAGGCAGGGAUGGAAGGCGCAAGGUUGGGAUUUGGAUUCAAAAUCUUCGAGCCCCAGCGCCCUCCUCGGACCCGGGCGCCGCCGGCCGCCACCUCCGUCAAGGUCACCUGACGCAGCCCGGGGCCAAGGCGGGCGGCGCGGGGCCACAGCGCCCGGCGUGCGCACCGAGCUCGGGCCUCGCCUCCCCGUGCGCGACGGCGCGCUUAGCGGACGGGCGGUCCCCGCAGCCGGCGAGGAGGGACAUCCGGCCCACGCACUUUCCCUUUCGCUGCCCGCUUCGGCCCCGGCGCGUCGCGUCCGGAGGCGGCGAGGAGGCGCGGCCCGACGGCGGCUCCGUCAGCUCCCAGGUACGUCGGGCCGUUCUCGCCGCCGCGCCCCAAAGCUCCCCCGCAGCCGUGCGCCGGGGCUAUCAGUGUCAUGCAGCCUAUCAGACGAGGCUUACUGUGUUCAAGGUGAUGAAGGACGAGACUGAAAAUUUUGGCAGAGAACUGGAAACUAUAAAAAAUGACAUAGUGGAUGGGGAAAAGAACCAAAGAGAAGUUAAAUAG